CAUUGGUCUCUCGAGCAAUCGAUGGGCUCAAACUUGUCCAUCUACAAACGUCAGUCUUUGAAAAUCAGGCAUCGGCCAUCGACUUUGACAACCCCCGUCCAACACCAAUCCGUGUUGUCAAACGUCCAACGUGACGAGAGAUGAGCCAAAGAGUCCGCAAUGCGCACGGCAAGGGCGCUUGGCACGGUGAUGGGUACAAGACCACAGUGGUUCUUACAGGUGUGCCCAGAACCUUUGAUGAGUAUGGAACUCGCUUGCCCACAUCGGAGGUUUUUCAGCCCUGGCGUGAGGCGUAUCACGGAUGGAGGAGCUCCGAAACUCAUCAAGCUCAAGGUGACGCAGGUGGCAAGGGCCAAUGGCAGUACCAAGAGAAGUGGUAUGGCGGAGGUGAUCUCUAUGACAAACCUAGGUGGAAUGGCAAUUCCAGCGCAUGGUUUGGGGGAUCUCCGAAAGAUCAGUGCUGGCAGUCUGACCAUGGGAGCAGGGAGAACUAUCACAUGGAUCGGACGUGGGAACGUGACCAUCGCUCUUGGGACGGGUCGGUGCGUUGGGAUGGCACUGCAGCAGGCCUUUCAGUUCCAGAGGAAGCAAGGGAUAUCACGCCUUGGGGCCUUCAGGAAGUGGAAGGUUUUGGGGAUGCAGCUUCGAAUGGCACAGGAGCCACUGAUCAGGAUCCAAAGGGUUCAGCUUCAGAGCAGAUCCCUUUAGACGCUCCGAAGUUUUGUGAGGCAACUUUGGCUUCCCUGGCAGUGACAAACUAUGCCUGCCCCAAGUGUAGUGCUUGUUUUGCCAAAUGGUCAGCCUGCCAUCGUCACAUCUUCAGCGAAGCCAAGUGUCGAAAGGAAGUGGCCGAGACAGGUGCAGAUCAGGAUCUCCAGGCUAUUUGCAAGGCAAAGGCCCAGGAAUUCCCUGCCGAUGAGUUUCGGAAUGGCCGGAAUGGCCACUCGAACGGCCCACAGCAUGCCCCGUACGAUGCCCAGCGACGUUUCCAGUGAAGCUGCACAGAUUCUCAGGGACAGAUUUUGUACAGGUGCUCUAAUUUUGUUUCACCUGCGAAUGCCAACUUUGAGAUCGAAAUCUGGUUGUCAAGAGUGCCAAAA